AACGAGCAGACAAGGUGUGGUGUGGUUUAACCUCUCCAUUGAUUUCAUUUGUGAUUUCACUACAGUCCGGAAGAGUGACUAAUAGCCUGCCGUGAGCCCGUUUGAGGUGGUCCAAUCGUCCGAAUGUUGUAAAUCUUCGAAGACAGUGUAUCCUAGAGAGACAGGGAGGCAGGGCAGGGGUAAUUCUGCUGCGCACAUUUGUGUGCACGCUGCUUUUGACUUGCGGGGACGCUUUGAAAGUAAUUAGACAACUAUUAAAGAAAACUCUGCGAGUGGACAAAGGAUUUUUUGCCUAUAUCAGGGGAAAAUAUAACCUAUAAUUCCCCAUGGCUUUCUUUCAACUAUUCCGGUUCUCUGUGGACAAGUACUACACCCUGUUUCUUGUCCUGUCGUGCUCGUUGCAGUCCCUUCAAGCUUUCAAUUUGGACGUGCGUUUCCCGGUUGUCAAGACUGGAAAAACCCCGGGUAGUCUAUUUGGGUUCUCGGUGGCACUCCACAAUCAGACGUUGGGAGAGAAAAGAUACUUACUACUUGUUGGAGCGCCAAAGGAGAAGGCAGAGGUUGGCGUCAGGGCCAAUAAAACGGGAGAUGUCUAUGCCUGCCCCCUGAACAUUGACCAAUCAGAUUGCCGCAGGAUGAACCUGGUUGGUUCAGACACAGACUUCAACGCGGAGCAUGACAGAGUGGAGGAUAUGUGGUUGGGGGUGACCGUGGCCAGUCAGAGACAACCAGGGGGUCGGAUCCUGACUUGUGGCCAUCGGUUUGUGAAGAUACCCGGUACCACGACCAAGCCCCACCAGAUGAUUGGGAAGUGUUACAUCCGCAGUAACGACCUGAUGUACGACCCGAAUGACGAGCAGUGGCAGAAACCCUACGAGGUGUGCCGAGCCAACGACGAGCUGUCGGCGGGCCAGGAGCAGUCCAUGUGCGGCUUGGGCAUGUCCGCUGCCAUCACCAACACAGAUGUCAUCCUGGGGUCGACUGGCAGCUAUGACUGGCAGGGCAAUGUCCACGUCAUCUGGAGGAACCUCAAUGACAGCUACGACACCAGGAAACGCAGCUUCCCGAUAUUAGAUAAACGGAACAUUUACAUAGGUUACUCCGUGGCAGAGAGCCAGCGCCUGCUGAGCCAGGACCAGGACACGGUGGUGACAGGGGCGCCUAAGGACAACAAGGACGACUCCAAGGGCUCUGUCAUCAUGGCCGUGAAGGACUCGAAGGCCGGCGAUCUGCUGACCCGCCGCCUCACCCUCAGAGGGGAGCAGACGGGCUCCUACUUCGGGAACUCCCUGGCUAUUGCCGACUUCAACAAUGACGGUUGGAACGACCUGAUCGUCGGAGCCCCGUUCUACUUUGACCGCAAGAAGGAGCAUGGAGGCGCAGUGUACAUCUACAUGAAUAAGAACGGCUCCUUCCAACAAAAGUCAGACGUCAUUCUGCGAGGCCCUAGAGGCUCUGCGUUUGGAAUGGCUGUGGCUUCCAUUGGAGAUGUUAAUCAAGAUGGCUUCCAAGAUUUUGCGGUGGGCGCUCCGUUCCAAGGGACAGGCAGCGUAUUUAUCUGGACAGGAAGUGCUCAGGGCAUUUCCCAGCAGCCCAGUCAGGUGAUCGAGGGAAAGGAUAUAGCCGAGGCGGGGUUCAAGACGUUUGGCUACUCCAUCAGCGGAGGACUGGAUGUGGAUGACAACCUAUACCCAGACAUGGUGGUCGGUUCACUGGACGACCGCGUGGCCUUGCUGAGGGCCCGCCCUGUCAUUCACCUCAGCAAGUCCCUUAAAGUGACGCCAGAGAUCGUAGACCCAAAAGACUGUGACAAUUGUGUUGAGGUGGAGGUCUGCUUCUCCUACACAAUCAGCACUGGGGACCUGAACUUCCAAAAGAACAUCACUGUGAAUUACACCGUGAAAGCCGACCUGACGCGGAACAAACGCCGGGUCCGUUUCCAAGACAACAGCGCGGACAGCUACACGGGCUUCUUGUCAAUGCCAUCUGAAAAAUGCAAAACGCUAAAGCUUGGGCUAGCGAGUCAAAUACACGACAAAGUAGAGCCGGUCGUCUUCUCCCUGGACGUGUCCCUCAAGCAGGAGGAUCCCCAAAACACUUUGAUCCUUCAGAACCUGGACGCCUUUCCUGUGCUCAGUGAGGGGAAGGCCAGCACCAUUAAGAAGGAGAUUCACUUCCAGAAGGCCUGUGGCCAGGACAAUAAGUGCCAGAGUAAUCUUGAAAUCGAUGCAAAGUUUGCCAAUGAAGCUCUGGAACCUUACCCCAGUGCUGAUGAUCACCAGGUCCUCCAGUACAGCGCCAGUGUCAAAAAGCUCCUCCUGGUCGUGAAUGUGAUGAACGUUCCAUCGAACGGGAAACUGGCAGAGGAUGCUCACGGUACGGUACUCAACAUCACCAUCCCGCCUUCGCUGAGCUACUCGUCCGUUCGCUCCAAGAGCAACAACCCAGUGAUAAAGUGUUCCGAAGAGAACAGAGUUCUACUGUGUGAACUGGGGAACCCUUUCGCUAGCAACCAGAUAGAGCAGGUCCUGAUCACCUUUCAGACAUUGGAGGUCAGUCUGGACACCAAAGAGAUCCAAACAACGCUGCUGCUCUCCACACUGAGCGAGCAGAGCAACCUCCAGCCACUGCAUCUCCUCAUGGUGGUGGAUUACACACUGGACACAGAGUUCUCAUUAAUCCAGCAGACAGAUAAGACCUACUUCAGUGGGCAGGUCAUGGGAGAGACAGCCAUGAACACCUCUAGUGACAUCGGAAGUCCGGUGGAGUUCACAUAUAAGGUAUCUGUUCUUGGGAAGCCUCUGGGUAGCCUUGGACACCUGGAAGUGGAGUUUGAUUGGCCCUGGGAGGUGGCCAAUGGCAAGUGGCUCCUGUACCUGACGGAGAUCCAGACCUCAGGGACGUCCGACUCUCACUGUGUUCCACCUGGACACAUCGUGAACCCUCGCAACUUUACGUUACCAGGGGGCAAAGCCAGGAGGAAAAGGAGUGAAGAGGCCUCCACAGAGGAGGCCCAACCAAGAGGAGAAACCAAGGCCUCCCUCAACCUGAAGGGACAUGCCAAGGCAGAAUAUAGGCUGGACUGUGUCAACGGAGCUGCUCGCUGUGUGCAGUUCAUCUGCCCUCUCCGCAAUAUGAACAUCACGGCCACUAUCACUGUCAGGGCCAGAGUGUGGAACAGCACCAUGUUGGAGGAUUACAGUAAAGCUGGGCGGAUUACAGUGAAAGGCAUGGCUACUCUGAAACUGGUUACAAACAGACCCACCAUCAAGAUGGCCACUAAGAAUGCAGAGUUCACCCUGAACAUCGACCCAGAGCUGAGUGAGGAGGCGCCGUACCAGAUCCCUCUAUGGAUCAUCAUUGUGUCCGUGAUCGCUGGGGUCCUCCUGCUCGGCUUCAUCAUCGCUCUCUUGUGGACGUGUGGCUUCUUCAAGAGGGCCAGCACCAGAGAGAUGUACGAGGCCAAGGCCCUCAAAGCCGAGAUGAAGACACAGCCAUCGGAGGUGGAGCGGCUGACUGAGGAGAACUGAGGCUGGGGAAGGGAGGGCCUGUGGGCCCUUGACACAUUGUGCUGGGUUUUCUGGUGUGGCUACUUCAGGCGGACCAACCGCUUCAAGUCAAUGCCAACACACCAGGGAGUCCAGAUGGGCAAAGAGGAGCGCUACCAGCUGAAUGAGGGCUUCCUCGUCGCUGAUCCAACCCCCCCCCACAAAAAAAAAA